AUGGCCAUUGAACCCUCCAAUCACAGCACAAUAUUCAGAACAAAUUCUGCAAGUAAGAGGAUGGAUGAAGAAGAGAAGGAAGGUCUGAGAACAGUGGAGUGUCUAAGAGGGAGACUACUUGCUGAGAGGCAAGUCUCAAGGUCUACAAAAGAAGAAGCAGAGCUCAUUACCAAAAAGAUGGAAGAGCUGGAGAAACAUUUGAAAGAAGAGAUCAGAUUAAGGGAAAAAACAGAGAAGAGACUAAAGUUUCUGAUGAAAAAGCUUGAAUUCAUUAAAGGGUCACGCAGUUUGGAGGGAUCAGAGCAACUGAGCUCAUCUGAAGUUUCUUGUGUAUCAUCGAUCUCCACUUCAACCUCCAAGGAAGAACAAGAAGAAGAAGAUGGAUCUCUGGAGGAAGAUAAAAAAACUGAUCAAGCAACUGAAAAUGUGACCUCCUCUUCCAUGGAAGAGGUUUCAAGUUCAAAGCUCAAAAAUGUUUCUUCUGGUGAAUCAAGUGUUGUUGCUUCAACCUCAAGUCAUGAAGAAGAACCACAUCAUGGUAAUGAUUUUUCUUGGUACUCAGACACAGCUUAA